UAAAUGGGAAAGUUAUGUUUAUAUAAAUUUCUUAGGCAGUUGAUCCUCCAUUUCCAUCUGCGUAGAUUAUGGGUUCAUCUUCGUCUAAACCAGUUCUUACAGAAAAAGAAGAAAGACUUUUAAACGAAGCCAGACGAUAUGUUGAGAAGAAUGGUCUUAAAGGCAUUAAUGAUUUCUACGAUAAACAAGUUGCUAUAUGGGAGAAAUUUGAGCUAGUUUUUGCCAUAAUUGGAUCAAGAGAUCUGGGAAAAUCAUCGUUCAUAAACGCCAUAAAAGGAUCUGAAACUGACGAAAACGAGGCAGCACGAAAUGCCGUAUCAACUUGGAAAACAACGUAUUCUCAUUUUAAAUACAAAAAUAUCAAGCUUUGUGAUCUACCCGGCAUUGGAACACCUGAAAAUCCAAAUCUUGAAACCUAUUGCAAAAACAAUGGUGGUCUAGAGAAGUAUGACGCAUUUCUGAUUUUCAGCAGAUCAAACUUCACAGACCAUGAGAAGAACAUGAUUAAGAAAGUUUCAAAAGAGCUUCAGAGACCUUUUGUUUGUGUUUAUACGCAUGUAGUUGUCAACGUUCGGAAUGCCAAUAAACAAUCAGAAACAAAUGGCGAAAUUGCAUAUGAUGGAAUAAGAAAACUUUGCAUUGACAAUCUGAGAGGUUUGGCAAAGGAUACAGCAGAUAUCUACAUAAUUGACAAUAAUGAUACGGGAAAAUAUGACUUUCAUCGUCUGCGUAACGACGUCAUUUUAAAGUUGCUUAAACGUCAAAAAGAAUGCUUUUUACAUUCUUUGAACCUUGUCAUUUACAGAAACAAAGAAUUAACCGAAGAAGAUAGACGUUUAGAAGAAGCCAAGUUCCGCAUAAAUAAAAAUGGCUUAAUUGAUGUUGAUAAAUUUAUUCGAGAUCAAAUUGAAUCAUGGAAGAACAUGAAAAUACAUCUCGCCUUAACUGGGAGAAUUGGAGCAGGAAAAUCAUCUUUCAUAAAUGCCGUAAGAGGACUUAAAGGUCAUGAAAAGGGCGCAGCACCAGUUGAUGUUACCGAAAUCCAAACAGAACCCACAGAGUAUAUUCAUCCGAAAAAUGAAAACAUCAAGCUAUGGGAUCUUCCUGGUAUUGGAUCAACUAAAUAUCCAAAUCUUACAGAAUACUUCAAAAAAAUGGACUUGAAAAGUUACGACGCAUUUCUUAUUUUUUCAAAAUCACGGUUCACUAACGAUGACAAAGAACUUGCUGUAAAAUUUUCAAAAGAGCUCAACAAACCUUUCUUUUUCAUUCGCACCAACAUUGAUCAAGAUCUCAAAAACGCCGAAGAUGAUAAAGGACCACAGUUUAAUGAAGUUUUUGUCUUGGAAAACAUGAGAAAAGAUAGUUUGAAAAAUUUGGGAGAUUAUAUUCACGACGAAAAAGAUGUCUUUCUAAUUGAUAGCAAGGUUCCAGAGAAAUACGAUUUCAAUCGCUUGUGCGGGGAUGUCGUUUCAAAGUUACUAGAACGUCGAAGUCAAGGUUUUCUAAGGUCUUUAACCUAUGUAAUUUACAAAAAUAACUCAAUAACUGAUGAUGAUCGGAGCUUUGCCGAAGCUAAGGAUCGCUUUGACCGGAAAGGCAUUUGUGGAAUUGGUGAUUUUUACCAUCGUCAAAUUAAUUCGUUCAAGGAAGUUAAGAUAAAUCUUGCCAUAACGGGAGAUUCUGGAGCCGGAAAAUCAUCUUUCAUCAACGCCGUAAGAGGACUUAAAGGUCACGAAAAGGAAGCUGCACCAGUUGGUGUUACAGAAACAACCACAGUGCCCACUAAAUAUGCUCAUCCAAAUAAUGAAAAUAUUAUUUUCUGGGACCUACCUGGCAUAGGAACACCUACAUUUCCCAAUCUUAACAAAUACUGCAAAAAAGUUGAUGGUCUAGAGAAGUACGACGCUUUUCUUAUUUUUUGCAAAACACGAUUCACUCAAUAUAACAAAGAGUUAGCUGAGAAAGUUUCGAAAGAGCUGAACAAGCCUUUCUUUUUUGUUCGCACUCACGUUCAUAUCGAUCUCAAAAACGCCAAAGACGACAAAGGACCAAAGUUUGAUAAAGCAUCUGUCUUAAAAGAAAUGGGGAAAAACUGUUUGAAAAACUUGGAAGGGUUCAUUAAAGAUGAAAGCGAUAUCUUCUUGAUUGACAACCAUGUUCCAAAGAAAUAUGAUUUUGAUCGUUUGGUUGAAGCAAUAUCUUUGGUUUUACCUGAACGUAGAAGAGAAUGUUUCAUUCUUUCUCUGACCAAUUUAACACGUGACUGCAUAAAAAGAAAGGCCAAGUUAUUGAAAACUCGUGCAGGUGCAGUGGCUGUUGCCGCAGCUGGUGUAAAUGCUGCUCCUGUUCCUGUAGUUGGAUCAGCUUUCAACUUAGCUGUGGUUUUUCAAGAAAUUCAUAUUUACCGUCGCCAGUUUGGCUUUCCUGAUAAAGGAACCAAAGAAUUCGAAGCUUAUGGAAUUCUUAGACCUGCGACGUAAUAUUUGACUAUUUACUCAUUUUAAAAUCAAUGGAUUUCUUUCAAAAUAUGGAAUGCAAAAGAUGAGCAAUAGCCAACUCAAAUUACAUCCUGUUCAAUCUAUGAAAGGAUACAAUAGAAUGUUAUUCAGUAAUUUUACCCCAUUCUCCAUUUUAGGAAUGUAUGAUAGUAACCAUGAGAGUUCAUAAAUUUGAUUUAGUCAUUGGUGGAUUUUCAAAAAACUGAAAUCGCAUUUAUUGUUCUAUUAAGUAGUACAGUGAUGAAAUUUAUAGAAACAUGUAUUUGAACACAAUGAACUCUAAAAAGUGUAUCAAACUUA